UAUUGGAUAGUGAAAGAUUCGUAUAUUUGAGAACUUUAAUGGAGCAAGUUAUUGUCAUAUUUACAUUUCUGUACACUAGACGCAUCAAUAAGUACAAAAACAUUAUUUCUAACUAAAAAAUUAGUAUAAAUAUCCAAAGACUGGCAAUUGUUAAAUCAGUAUCAGUAGUUUCAUUCUAGAAAGCAAUACUUCAGUUAGCCAAAAUGAAAUUCUUCGCCGCUGUUUUGUUCGCCGUUGUUGCCUUGGCUGCCGCCGAUGUCAGCCACUUGGAUAGAACAUACUUGCCACCUCAUGGAGCUGCCAGCAGCACUCAUGAAAAAUACGAAUCGGCUCCCUCAAGCUUCGGCUCCACCUCUGGUUCCUUCAAAUCCGGCUCCAGCUUCUCUGCUCCUGAAUCUGCUUCCUCCUUCACAUCCAAGCAAUACUCUGCUCCUGAGAGCUCCUCCAGCUUCAGCAGCCGUAGUGGAUUCUCUUCCGACUCUAGCUCUUCCGACUCCAGCUCUUCCAAAUCAGGCUCUAGCUUCUCUGCUCCAGAAAGUGCUGCUUCCUUUACCUCUUCCAAAAAGACUGAAUACAAAGCUCCCGCUUCCAGCUCUUUCAAAUCGGGCUCCAGCUUCUCGGCUCCUGAUACCGCCUCUUCUUUCAAUUCCUUCAAGACCACUGAAUACAAAGCUCCUGCUUCCAGCUCCUUCAAAUCUGGCUCCAGCUUCUCGGCUCCUGAUACCGCCUCUUCUUUCAAUUCCUUUAAGACCAGUGAAUACAAAGCUCCCGCUGCCAGCUCCUUUAAAUCUGACUCUAGCUACUCUGCUCCUGAAAGUGCUGCUUCCUUCUCUUCCUUCAAGACUACUGAAUACAAGGCUCCCUCUUCCACCAGUUCCUUCAAAUCUGGCUCCAGCUUCUCCGCCCCAGAAUCUGCUUCCUCUUUCACCUCCAAGCAAUACUCUGCUCCAGACACCGCUGACAGUUUCAGCAGCCGUGGCAGCUUCUCUUCCGACUCCAGCUUCUCGGCUCCACAAACUGCUGCCUCUGGUAUUGAUACCAAAUACGCUACUGAUGGUGGUUAUGUAUACUAAAUUUGAAUAUUAAAACAAAAACGAAAAUAAAGCAAUUUUUAAACAUGUUUAUAAAAGAUAUAUAAAUACA